AUGAAAAGUGAUUAUCUUUAAUUAUUUACUAAGCCAUCCACAAUUCCGAAUUCUGGAUUAGGAGUAUUUGCAAGAAAUGAUAUUUCAAAAGGAUAGAUUCUAGUAGAAUAUAGGGGAAAAAUAAUUAAUGCAAAAUACUCUUGGGCACAAUGCUUUAUGCUUGAAGAUAGAAUGCUUCAAAUAAAUGAAAAAUAUUCAGUUAUUGGUCGUUCCUUAUCCUCUAGAUUUAACGAUAUUGUAAGAUUUGGCCUUUUAACACCUGCAGAGGAGUUGAGCUUGAAUUUCGGCGUCUUUCCUAUUCAUGAGCAUUUGAAACAUAAUGUUGAGCUUUCAAUAAGGCAAGAUAAAGCAUUUUUGGUGUCAUCAAAGAAUAUUAAAGCAGGGGAAGAAUUGUUUUUUGAUUAUUCAUUUUCUUAUUGGAAGUCAUUUUAUGAUCAAAUGAAGGCAUACAAAGGAGAGAACUUUUUUGAAUAUUGGGAAUAACAAAAAUAAAAACCUAUUCCAGAACAGUAUAUCAUUUGUGAUUCCGAUAUGCUUAAAUUAUAGAUAAUUGAUGGUAAAGUGUAUUCAAAAUCCACAAUAUAAUGCGGCGAAAUAAUUACAGAAUGCCGAGGGAAAUAUUUUGAAGCUGAAUAGCCAGGAAGAAUAAACCUUAAAUUAGACAAUUUGUUUUUAAGACUAAACAGAUUAAAUAAUGCAAUAUUGUAAAAUAAAGCUUAAUCUAAGACUGAUUUGAAUGCAGAAUUAAUACUUAUAGAUAAAAAGUUCUUUAUCAAGGCUUUGACUAUAAUUGCUAAGGGUGAAGCUAUUUUUGUAGAUAAUAAUAAUUAAUUCUGA